GGCUGCGCCGCGGGCGGACGGGAGGCAAGAUGGCGCUGACUCAGGCCACCAAGAGGAAAGUCUGUUACUACUAUGAUGUUUGGAAAGAGAGCGGUUCUGGGCGCCGUUGGGACUGUUCCCCACGAUGCAUCGAUGCAUCGCUCCUUCCUGACCCCUAAAAGGAGCCAGGGGACGUGGGCAACUACUACUAUGGGCAGGGCCACCCGAUGAAGCCCCACCGCAUCCGCAUGACCCACAACCUGCUGCUCAACUACGGCCUCUACCGCAAGAUGGAGAUCUACCGUCCCCACAAGGCCAAUGCCGAGGAGAUGACCAAAUACCACAGCGACGACUACAUUAAGUUUCUGCGAUCCAUCCGCCCCGAUAACAUGUCCGAGUACAGCAAGCAGAUGCAGAGAUUCAACGUCGGGGAAGACUGCCCGGUGUUUGACGGGCUGUUUGAGUUCUGCCAGUUGUCCACCGGAGGUUCCGUUGCCAGUGCCGUGAAGCUCAACAAACAGCAGACGGACAUCGCCAUCAACUGGGCCGGGGGGCUGCACCACGCCAAGAAAUCGGAGGCCUCCGGGUUCUGCUAUGUGAAUGACAUUGUCCUGGCCAUCCUGGAGCUUCUCAAGUACCACCAGAGGGUACUGUACAUUGACAUUGACAUUCAUCAUGGCGACGGGGUGGAGGAGGCCUUCUACACCACCGACCGGGUCAUGACCGUGUCCUUCCAUAAGUAUGGAGAGUACUUUCCCGGGACCGGGGACCUGCGGGACAUCGGGGCGGGGAAAGGCAAGUACUACGCGGUCAACUACCCGCUCCGGGACGGCAUCGAUGACGAGUCCUAUGAAGCCAUCUUCAAGCCGGUGAUGUCUAAGGUGAUGGAGACCUUCCAGCCCAGCGCCGUGGUGCUGCAGUGCGGCUCCGACUCGCUAUCCGGGGACCGGCUGGGUUGUUUCAAUCUGACCAUCAAAGGUCACGCCAAGUGUGUGGAGUUUGUGAAGAGCUUCAACCUGCCCAUGCUGAUGCUGGGGGGCGGCGGCUACACCAUCCGCAACGUGGCCCGCUGCUGGACGUACGAGACGGCCGUGGCCCUGGACACGGAGAUCCCCAACGAGCUGCCCUACAAUGACUACUUUGAGUAUUUCGGGCCUGACUUCAAACUGCACAUCAGCCCCUCCAACAUGACCAACCAGAACACCAACGAGUACCUGGAGAAGAUCAAGCAGCGCCUUUUCGAGAAUCUGCGCAUGCUACCGCACGCCCCCGGCGUCCAGAUGCAGGCCAUCCCCGAGGACGCCGUCCAGGAGGAGAGCGGGGACGAAGACGAGGACGACCCCGACAAACGCAUCUCCAUCUGCUCCUCAGACAAGAGGAUCGCCUGCGAGGAGGAGUUCUCCGACUCGGACGAGGAGGGGGAGGGCGGCCGCAAGAACUCGGCCAACUUCAAGAAAGCCAAGCGGGUGAAAACAGAGGAGGAGGCAGAGAAGGAUCCAGAGGAGAAAAAAGAAGUGAAAGAGGAAGAAAAGCAGAAAGAGGAGAAGCCUGAAGCCAAAGGGGUGAAGGAGGAGACCAAGUCCAUCUGAGCAGUUUGCGCCGGAUGGCCCGGCUGACUGUGUCUCCGACCCUCUCCCUUCCUUUUCCCCUCCCCAGAGUUUAUAUUUUCUAUAUGUUCCUGUAUAUACUUUUAUAUAAAAUAUAAAUGUCCCCCAGGAGCAGAAGAGGGGGCACGUGUGGGCCUGAGGCUGGAAUGAGACACAGUAACUUGAGCUUCCAACUGCCUCCCCCGUGUGCCGUGGUGGAGGGGUGGGGGGGUAGGGGAGGAAAUGUAAUUCACUUAUUUCCCCUCCUUCCUCCCUCCCCCUCCCCCCACUUCCCUUCCCUCGCUUUGUUUUAAACCAGCCCCCCACCGUUGUGUUUAAGCUUGCAUAGGAUGUGAGACCGGCUGGGCGGAAGCCAUCCGGCCCCAGCCCGCGCGGUCGACUCCGGGGCAGAUUCCGGCCAACCUCCCUGGGUGUGGGAAAUGGGGAAGAGCGGGUCCGCCACCUGGAGGAAGGCAGAUUCCCUCCUCCCCGUCCCCCCCAGAGGAGCUUCCUCGGCUCCCAGAAUGCAAAGCCAUUGCCACCGUUCCCAGCGUUUUUUUGAAAGGGAAGCGGGCACGUAUCCGCGUCUGGGGGUGCGGAGAAAGGGCCCGGCCUUCUGAGGUCAAAAAGCAGCCUCCCGCCCACGGCAGCUGUGGUUUCUAUCCCGAGACUCCUCACUUGGCCAGCAGAUAGGAAUGUGGGUCCCCACGGCUGAGUGUCUCUCCCCCCCCCCCCCCCGCCCCUGCGCAGAAUAAAAUGCAGCUGGCCCCUGCACUGGCAGGCAGAUUCCCUUAUCGUCGGCAGGGCAGAAAAGUUCCCCCUGGCGAUACCUUUUCCCCAGGCUCCUCCUCUGGCAGGCUCCUGGGAAGGGCUCCCUGCCUCCCUUCAGCCCACUGUUUCCGUCUCCCCCUGCGGAGCGUGGCCGCCAAUCAUGCUGCUAUGUCCCACAGCUGAUGCCUUAGGUCCUUGUGCCCCCAUCCGAGUUUCUGGGGGGCCGGGAUUCCUGUUGUCUGAUUUCUUCUUUGAAUACGAGAGACUGGGUUGGUUUGUGUGUGGUGUGGGUGGGUGGGGCGGGGGGGGGGAGAUGCUGGGUUUUGAGAUACUAUUUUCAUUUUGGGGGCAAAUAUUUGUAAUAAAACUGGUAUGUUUCUA